CCUGUCGGUUAGUUCAUUCGUUUGUUUGGAUUGUGUUCCUCUUGGCAUCGGUUGGAAGCGCGUAAUACGUCGCAGUGAUGAUGGAAGUGAAAAUAUUUCGUAAAAUUGGGUUCAUUUAUGCGGUGAUUUGCUUUCUUGGAUCCACAACCGGCGCCAUAAUUUUCUUCAAAAGGCUGGUGGAUGAAGCUUCCCGCGAAAGUUACCUGAAUCAUUUUUAUCAAAGUGACUAUCACUUGAUAGUCAUCUCGGUUAUCAUGAUAGUGUUUAUGUUGUCGGCAAUGUUCUCAAUCUUCAUAAAAAUCGGAAUCGAAGAAGCGCAACCUUCCUACAUUCGACUUCAGCGAGUAUUUAUGCUGGUCAGAAAUUUUGUCUUGAUAGUUCGUUGGUCGUACCAUAUCGUGAUGCUGCAGAUCGCACGCACCAACGGUGAUCAUUCGUUGGCGGUUGUGCAGGACCAGAACAUUACGAGUGCUUUUCUCAUUACAAUUGCAGUCAUACUCGGCCUGGAGUUGUGGAUUAUAGACGGCGCUGAGCGGUACGUGAUGGAACAGUUUCAUGGAGAACGAAGCAGUGAAGCUUAAAUGUUCAAAAGAAAAGAAGCGGUCAUUCCGUUCCUGAACGUUCAUUUAAGAAGUUACAUUACCAAUAGCAGUGUUUAUCCAUGAUCGGGUGGCUGGUGGACAUAUAUCGAUGUGGUAGAUUCGUUUCCCGUCAAGGCCGGGGAAUUUUUCGUCAAACGAAUAUCCUCCGACUUGCACUCAUAAACGUGUAUUCACCGACUUGUCACUCCGAAUACAAUCAACACGUGCUUUUUGGUAUAGAGAACUCAACUAAGUACUAGAAGAAAUAACUCAGGUUAUUCCACAUUGAGACGGCGAUGAUACUCCAGCACAAUAAGUGCCAUCAAAGAAGAGAAAUAGUCUGCUAUCAAAUACUCCAUGCUCAUGUAACUAGGACAUGAUGAGGAAACAUUAGACUAUAUGCCCAAUAGCGUCCGAAGAAGUGUGUCAUUUCUUAAAACACAGAACACAAAAAGGGAGAAUAAACCACUAAAAAUUAUUUAUUUUUUAUUGAAUUUAAAUAUACUAAAUAUGAGACCAAACAGGACAAAAUGUAAUUUUAGCUCGAUCAAUGACUUGUCUCACUUUUUAACUAGGCGAACCUAGCCAGAAUUUUCACCUGCACCCGGGCUUCUGAAUGCCGAAGGGGGACUAGUCUAUACACGUAUCUGUAUG